UGUUCAAUAAGCAUGGAAAUCAAGAAUGUUUCGGUUCUUCUUUUUACACUCCUUAUACUUUCUAUAGGUUGCAAGAAUAUAGCUGAUGCAGCAAAAUGUUGCAUGGAUCACCCAGAACUUGGUUCAUGUGUACCUGGUGUAGAUGAUAAUCCAGAAGAUGAUGGCAAAUGUUGGACGUUCUGUGUCAGUGACUGUGAGCUCGGAGGAGCUUGCAAAUUAGAGGGAAAUAAGCAUGUGUGCCACUGCAAAUGUGCUUAGCUUAAUUUCUACAUAAAAAGAAAAAUAUGAAAGAUGGAAAUUCAAAUGAUUCAUUACUGAUAUAUUUCCGGAUGGAUUUAUUCUAAUGUAUGUUUUAAUUUAAUAAAAUUUCGUAGUUUCUUUUCUAAUAAACAUCUAUGCUUG